GAGACAUUUUCCUAUCCAACACGACGAGCAAUCAGCGUCGAGGCAUUUUGCUGUUGGGAUUCGAAAUACGACUCUCAUUGACGCUUUGCGCUUUUGCUAUGGGAUGCCAGCUUUAUAUAGGGCACUGAGAUUUACAAAACGUCGUACUUUCCUCUCUUCAAUUUUUGGCGCCACAGCAGCUGCGACGGUUCUCACCGUGUCAGCGUCAAAUCUUCUGCCUUGCCCAGCUCGACCCGAUAAAAGCCGUUUCGCGGAUAAUGGUGUGGAUACGGUACAAUUGACGGGCAAAGUGGUAGUUGCUAAAAGGCCGAGGAGGUGGAUAGAGGAGAAGAACCCGACGUGCCAGAGUCAUUGAACGAAACAUCCUUUUGAGCAGAAGAAGCAGAAGAGCAUCGAAUAAACUUCACCCUACCUAUCCCAAUGUGACGUUGUCCAUUCAUCUUCUCUGUCAGUCGUUGAGCGGAUAAAAUAUAACCUGGUUUAAAUAACCUUAGUGGACGCGUCGCCGGUUAAAAUUCAGUUAUUGUUAUUUUUUUGUGGAGUUACUGCAUC